UUCACGGUUUUUUUGCCUUCUUCAAUCAACCUGUCAAUCAAUCAUUCAAUGCCAUUCUUUUCUUUCACAUUCAUUCAUGUUGCGUUUCGUUUUGGUUUUGGUUUUGGCUUCUAUUUCCUUCUCUUUGUAAAGUUUGGUUGAUAUCUUUAUGUCUUCUCUUAUCUCCUGACUUCAUUAAUUGCUUCUGACUUCUUUUCAUGUCUUUUAUUUAUCUUCUUCUGCUUCUUUAGCUUUAUGGCUCAGUUGGGUAUCACCCAUUUUUAGUUAUUUAUUUAGAAAUUUAGAAUCUAUCAUGCCUUUUAGUGGACAUUUAUGCCUGAACUAAAGAGUUAGUUUAUUUAAUGUUGUGCAAGCUUUUUUCAUUGGAAUUGCUUCUUUGCUUUUUCUUUAAUCAUAAAUGGCAAGGCAGGGGAUUUCCUAUUUCAAAAAGCUAUUGUUUUUCUUGGUGUUGAUGUUUUCUUUUCAGGAUAUGUUUUUAGUAACAUCUUUAAAUGAAGAGGCUGCUUCUCUUUUGGAGUUUAAAGCUUCCCUUACUGAUUCUAACAACAAUCUUCAAACCUGGAAUUCAUCAGAUUUUACUCCAUGCAAUUGGGUAGGUGUGAUUUGUACUGAUUUUAAGGUAACUUCUGUCAAUCUUCAUGGCCUCAAUUUGUCUGGUAGUUUAUCUCCAAGCAUUUGUAAUCUUUCUCAAUUACUUGAGUUUAAUGUGUCCCAGAAUUUCAUUUCUGGUCCUAUUCCUAAUGCUCUUGGUCAUUGUAGAAAUUUACAGAUUCUUGACCUUUGUACAAAUAGGCUUCAUGGAGCAGUACCAAACCAAUUGCUUGUGAUCAAUCCUCUUAGAAAGCUUUCCCUGUGUGAGAAUUACAUUUAUGGUGAAAUUCCUAGGGAGAUUGGAAAUUUAACUUCACUGGAAGAAUUGGUAAUCUACAGUAAUAAUCUCACUGGUUCCAUUCCUGUGUCAAUUAGUAAGUUGAGGAAACUUAGAGUUAUCAGGGCAGGUGAUAAUUCUUUCUCCGGUUCAAUACCACCAGAAAUCAGUGAGUGUGAGAGUUUAGAGGUUUUGGGGUUUUCCCAGAAUAGUCUAGAAGGUAAUAUUCCCAGUGAGCUUCAGAAACUUGAGAGUCUUACUGAAUUGAACUUUUGGCAAAAUCAUUUAUCUGGUGAGAUUCCUGCUACAAUUGGGAAUAUUCAUAGCCUUGAGUUGCUUGCUUUGCAUGUAAAUUCUUUCAGUGGAGCGCUUCCAAAAGAGCUUGGGAAAUUAUCCCAGCUAAAAAAAUUGUACAUUUAUACCAAUCAGUUAAAUGGAACAAUUCCUCGUGAACUAGGGAAUUGCACAAGUGCUGUUGAGAUAGAUCUUUCCGAAAAUUGGUUAAGUGGAUUCAUCCCUGCAGAGUUGGGUCAGAUUCCUAAUCUUGGCCUCCUUCACCUGUUCGAAAACCUCCUCCAGGGAAGUAUUCCUGGGGAGCUUGGGCAGUUAAAACAGCUUCGAAGGUUGGACCUGUCUAUAAAUAAUUUGACGGGUUCGAUUCCUCUGGAGUUUCAAAACCUUGCAUAUUUACAAAAUUUGCAACUCUUUGACAAUUGUCUUGAGGGAACUAUACCACCCCUCAUUGGGGUUAGGAGUCACCUCACCGUUCUUGACAUGUCUAUGAAUAAUCUUGUUGGUAGUAUACCUCCUUACCUUUGCAGGUAUCAAAAAUUGAUGUUUUUGAGCCUUGGCUCGAAUAGAUUGUCUGGAAACAUUCCCCAUGGCCUAAAAACAUGCAAGUCUCUUAUCCAGCUAAUGCUAGGAGACAACCAGCUUACAGGCAGCCUCCCUGUUCAAGUAUAUAAUCUUCAAAACCUUUCUGCUCUCGAGCUUUAUCAGAACCGAUUCUCUGGUCCAAUACCCCCGGAGAUUGGCAACCUUCCAAAUUUAGAGAGGUUGCUUUUAGCAGACAACUAUUUUGUUGGUCACGUUCCUCCUGAGAUCAGAAAUCUGGUGCAACUUGUGGCAUUUAAUAUUUCUUCAAAUCAGCUCUCUGGGAAUAUUCCUCAUGAACUGGGGGAUUGUAGAAAACUCCAGAGACUUGAUCUUAGUAGAAACCAAUUCACUGGCUUUCUACCGGAAGAACUUGGAAAGCUAGUGAAUCUUGAACUCUUAAAGCUCUCUGAUAACAAAUUGACUGGCACAAUCCCGAGUGCCUUGGGGAAUUUGGCCCGACUCACGGAAUUACAAAUGGGUGGUAAUUCUUUCUCUGGCAGCAUCCCUGUUGCUCUUGGCCAGCUCACAGCUCUUCAAAUUUCACUCAACAUUAGCCAUAAUGAUCUUUCUGGCAUGAUUCCUCGUGAUUUGGGGAAGUUGCAGAUGUUGGAAUCUCUCUUCUUGAAUGAUAAUCAGCUUACUGGUGCAAUUCCUGCACCAAUUGGUGAUAUGAUGAGCCUCCUGGUCUGCAACCUUUCAAAUAAUAACUUGGUCGGAAAUGUGCCAAACACUUCUGUAUUUUGGAGAAUAGAUUCAUCAAAUUUUGCUGGAAAUCCUGGCUUGUGCAAGCUGGGUUCAGAUCAUUGUCCUCAAUCUGGUUAUUCAUCACAUACUCCUAAACCAAGCUGGAUAAAGGAGGGUUCAAACAAAGAGAAGUUAGUAAGCAUUGUUUCUGUGGUUGCUGGUUUACUUUCUUUGUUCUUUAUUGUCGGCAUUUGUUUUGCUAUGAGACACCGAAAGCCUGCUUUUGUUACCCUUGAGGAUGGAAAGACGCCUGAUGUUUUAGAUAACUAUUACUUCCCCAAGGAAGGAUUCACAUAUCAAGACCUUGUGGAAGCAACUGGCAAUUUUUCAGAAAAUGCAGUGAUAGGAAGGGGAGCUUGUGGCACUGUCUACAAGGCUAAUAUGGCUGAUGGUAAGGUGAUUGCUGUCAAGAAGCUCAAUUCUCGUGGUGAAGGAGCUACUGCUGACAGCAGUUUCCUUGCUGAGAUAUCAACCCUUGGAAAGAUUAGACACCGAAACAUUGUGAAACUUUAUGGUUUCUGCUACCACCAAGACUCUAAUCUUCUCUUAUAUGAGUACAUGGCAAACGGCAGUCUUGGAGAACAGCUUCAUAGCAAUGAGCAAACAUGUCAACUGGAUUGGGAUGCCCGAUAUGGAAUUGCUCUUGGAGCAGCAGAGGGGUUGUGUUAUCUUCAUUAUGAUUGUAGGCCUCAUAUCAUUCAUCGUGAUAUCAAGUCAAACAACAUUUUAUUGGAUGAAGUGCUUCAGGCUCAUGUUGGCGACUUUGGCUUGGCAAAGUUGAUUGAUUUACCCUUCUCAAAAUCUAUGUCUGCUGUUGCAGGUUCAUAUGGUUACAUUGCCCCAGAAUAUGCUUACACAAUGAAAGUGACAGAGAAAUGCGACAUCUAUAGUUUUGGGGUUGUUCUGUUGGAACUAAUCACUGGGAGGUCUCCCGUUCAACCUCUUGAGCAGGGAGGAGACCUGGUCAGUUGGGUGAGAAGAUCAAUUCACCACGGGGUGCCCACCUUCGAAAUGUUUGACAAAAGGCUGCAUCUUAGUGCGAAAAGAACAAUCGAGGAGAUGACUUUAGUUCUGAAGAUUGCAUUGUUCUGUACCAGUACUUCGCCGUUCAAUAGGCCAACCAUGAGAGAGGUCAUUGCAAUGAUGAUUGAUGCUAGGGAAGCUGUGAGUCUUCCAUCAUCACCAACAACAUCGGAAACUCCCUUAGACUUCAAUGCUUCUUGCAGAGACUCCAUGGAACCAUAAGCUCCAUUCUGUCCUCCGCAGAGAUAGUAUGAGAUGCUCAGAGAUCAUAUAAAUUUCUGUCAGAUUCAUGAGGAAUAUGCAACCGGCAAGAGACUAAAGAAAUAGUCAGUAGCUCAUUGAAUUUAUAUAAACUGAAUUCAUUGCUUUAAUUUUAGCCAAAAUGUAGUUAGAAAGCUUCUUACUUUUCCAUACAUUUCUCCCCAAUCUUCAUAAUUUUAGACAAAUAUUGAUUGGAGAUCCAUUGAAUUCUCAUAAUUGUACCUAUU